CAAUUAGUGCGGAGGUGGAGCUCAGGAGGGAACCGACCAGAGAAACGACAGACGGCUGAACUGUCGUCACGGUCUACUUCUUCCUCUCUAGUUGUCGGACUUGGAUCAAACCGUGUGAACUUUACCUCUCGGCUUGGGAUCGUCUGUCGAGAACCAGAGAAAAGAGCCGAUCGAGUCCGAUGGUGUAUCAGGACGAUUACCCGAUGAUCGAAGUGUCGAUACCAUCGAUGGAAAAGGAAGUGGAUGAGUCGGGAAAGUCCAAGAAGCUCUUCAGAGUGGAGGUCUUGUUUAAUGAGAGAAAACACUAUGUGCUCAGAAGAAGCAGUGAAUUCCAGACUCUGCACAGAAAGCUCAAGAAGAUCAUUCAGACUCCGGACUUCCCGAGCAAGAGGAACCCUCACCUGAGGACCAAACCUGGGGAGCAGAGGAGGCAGGAGCUGGAAGAUUAUGUCCAGGACAUCAUCUAUCAAAAUGAAGACGUGCCACAGGUGCUGCUGGACUUCCUCCACGUCCGACACUUUCAUACAGGAAACAAGAUCAGCAGUAUGGAAUCACUCGAUGAUCUGGACAGUCGGGAUUACAGUUUUUCGUUACCACAACAGCGAGUGUGUGGCUUUUUUGAGGAUCCUUAUCUCUCCAAACGCACAUCAGAUCUUCCAGACAUUGUUGUGGAUGGAGUUCUUCAUGGUUUUUACCCGCGGGAUGUCCGGGUCAGCUUCACUGCCCCCACUUUCACAGAGCCUGACCCCACUGCUUCUAUAGAGGCCUAAGCUUAUUACUGUGGCGUUGCAGUUAAGGAGAGAUAAAUGAAUAGGCCUCUGUUUACAACCAGCAGGACCAGUUUUGUUUGGCUCCAGUGGGACUGAAAGCCGUCACCCAGCCUUUGUUGUUGUGAUGCUCAACCCAUUGUGUCUUCAGCUGUUUGGGGAUCUCAUAUUUAAGAGGACGACCAGAAUUCUUCUUGAAAACUGGGCUGAAGAAGAAGUCAGACUCGCACAGUAAAUGGUGUGUGUGUGUGUGUGUGUGUGUGUGUGUGUGUGUGUGUGUGUGUGUGUGUGUGUGUGUGUGUGUGUGUGUGUGUGUGUGUGUGUGUGUGUGUGUGUGUGUGUGUGUGUGUGUGUGUGUGUGUGUGUGUGUGUGUGUGUGUGUGUGUGUGUGUGUUAGUUUAGCAAUGAAAAUAACACACAAACGGAUUUUAAUCAGGCUGUGAAGCCAUAAGCAAACAGGGCAGAUUUGAAAUGCACACAAGGCCUUUUGUGCAUCUUACUGACUCCGUACAGAUGUGAAUUUAACUUUAAAAUAAAGUUGUAGUCUUAAUUUGAAGUUUAUGGAGCAAAGUUUACUUUUUAUCUGUAUUUUUUUUUUUUCAUUCAAUUUUCAAAUAUAGAAGCAGGGUAUGGUGAAAAGAAAAAGGUUGCAUUAAGUAAGGCUGUACUGUUUAGGCGUUAUGUCACACUCCAUCAGUCUUAAACGUGGAAUUCAUGGGUUUUAUAGAGUUGGAUUUAAGAAAAUCAUUUGAUUCAUGUGCAAUCUAUAAUAAAGAAUCAAACCAA